AGGUUGCGUCUGUUCAAUGUGAGGCGCGCGGCCUGUCGUUCCCGCGUUUGCAGGUCUGCUUUCUGAAUCCCUCGGUGCAUAGGCCGAUUGCCUUCGACCUCUGAAAGAUGUGACUCACGGUGUAAGUGACUCGUUUCUGCGUUGCGUCUGCUUCAUUCGCGCACUUAGUCGACGCCGCUUCUGAAUCAAUCUGUAACAGUGAGGGAAAUCACGCGGAAAAUACUGUUACGGAAAGGGGUGGGUCGGUUAAAAACGUACAUUCUCUUGGUUGUCGGGCACCUGAGAUCGCAUCGUAAUCCCUACGUAGCAGCUAAUUUAUAUGCCACUUGUAGCGGCAUUGCCGAACUUUCCCGUAGAGUGCCACGCUGCACUGCUACAGAAGUAGUAGGCAUCGUAUUUAUUCAUGGCAUAGCUUACUGCUUCUGAAAACAGUAAAAGUACUCGAUGUUAGUGAUCUUCGUUAAUGAAGGAAGUGUUUACGUGCAAUAAAGCCCUAUAUGACCUGUUGACUUAAGGCAAACUAAAACCGUUCACAAAGUAACUUUCGUUCUUUUACAAGUAUUAAAAUGUUGUCUAGUUGAGUUUAACUAGUCUCGCUCCUGAUUUUGUUUGUUUACCACAACUAAAUAACCAACAUUUAUAUUUCGAAUGUAGCUAAAUGUAUAGGGAUGUGAAACUCCCUGUCGAAUCCGUCGUAUUUCUUUAGAAAAGCGGAGAUUGCUCCUUGCUUCACUUUGGAUUGGGCGGAACUUGCGAAAAAAGUAAAAGACAGAAAAAAAUAUUUCAAAUAGUUGGUAACUCCGCCGUCGCACCCGUGGAUCGGUCACUGUAAGAAACAUAGAGGUGUAUCCAUCGUGGACAGAACGGACCGGUUGUGCGGUUAUUCUAAGCGGCCGUUUGGCUCUUCAGUAGUAAGUUAUUCGUGUAGUUCUGGAGGAGUGUGUAUAAAAUCUAGUCCUCAUUUGGUUCGUGAAGAAAGCUCAAUCUUAGUCCGCGAGUAUUUUCGUUCUUUGUUAGAUGCAGACAGUUCCCGAAGCCUCGAAACUGGUAAUUUCGCGGGCUGAAUACGCACGGAAAUAAAUUGGCGUGCGCUUCUGGAGAGUGCGGGUGGCAUUGCUCCAGUUGGCACGCAGCCGCUGCGUCCUUUUGCCCUGGAACCGUACUGCACCAGACCGGACAGCCCACUGCGUAACUCUGCGGAGUCCCAAUUCUGUCGGCACCAGCCUGGACCACUAGUACAGUGCGUCCGUUCUCCACGGGACUUAGUUCUCGUCGAAUAAUCUUAGUUGGAAAACUGGAAUCAUCAUUCCUCCCUACUGUAUUUCGUUUUGGUCAGUGAUACGCCUGAGAUUUCAAUUAUCACUGAUCCUUUGAGUUUCAGUAAUUGCCCCCAAUAAACCAGCGAAUACCGAUAGCUUUACUGCGCGGGCCACCCACUAGACCCGUCGUCCAUCAAGGUGAGCUGAGGCGGCUUCAGCUUGGGCCCCUCUGACCCUUCCAUUCCGAAUACCGAGCUCGCAGCACAGUGCAGCGAGCGUAGACGGGGUGAAAGCGCGAGGGUAGGACCGUGCCCAGACCCCGGCUAGCCAUCGGUCCGCUUCGCCUCCCCUCGACCAGCUGCCCGUACGAGCGGCAGCCUCUGUGUCCGCCAGCCAUGUCCGCCCGCUGCGAGGACCACGACCCUUACGAUGACCCCGACCAGGAGGGCUGCGGCGACUCGGAGGAGACGCUGUCGAUGGUGGCGGGCACGACCCUCACUCUGGGCACAUCUGACGACCACGACCACGACCAGGACCACGAGCUCCAGCAGCAGCAGCAGGAGACGCCGCGCCGUCGACUCGUCAUCCGGUCGCCGCCGCCGCGACGGAGCUCGGCCGUCAAGAAGGUCGUCACCGUCAUCAGUCCCACGCAGGAGCUGGUGUCGUCGGGCCCGAACGAGCGCAACUGGCGCGGCAUCCUGAUCGCGCUGCUCGUGAUCGUGCUGGUGCUGGCCAUGAUCGCGCUCUCCAUCGCCAUGCUGUCGCCGCCAGACGAGGGCCCGAGGGUGCGCGGCGCCAAGCUCACGCUGGACGACGUCCUGGGCCCGCGCCUAAGGGCCCCGCCCUUCAACGGCUCCUGGGUCUCUGAUACCGAGUUGGUCUUCCGCGACCACUAUGGAGGGGUAUCAUUGUUGAAUGCUGAAAAUCUCACUACCAGGAUCAUCAUGACCAACUCCACAUUCAGACAGCUUAACGCCGUCGAUUACCGGAUCUCGAGCGACCUGAAGUACGUCCUUCUCAUCUACAACAGGAAAAAGGUUUGGCGUUACUCAUACCAGGCUAGCUACCAGGUGUAUGAGGUGGAGGCUCAGACCAAGUACCCGCUGUCGCCGGCAGGGCUGGACGGGUCGGUGCCUCGGCUGCAGCUGGCCGUGUGGGCACCCGCCGGCUCGCGGCUCGCCUUCGUGCACGACAACGACCUCUACUACUGCGACGACCCCCGGCGCCGGCCGCCCCUCCGGCUCACCACGACCGGCGUGCCCGGCGUCCUCUUCAACGGCGUGCCCGACUGGCUGUACGAGGAGGAGAUCCUGCAGAGCGGCGCCGCGCUGUGGUGGAGCCCAGACGGCCGCUACCUGCUGUUUGCCACGUUCGAUGACUCCUCAGUGGGCGAGCUGCGCUACCCCUGGUAUGGCUCUGGAACCGGGCACGUGGAACGGCCGCAAUACCCGCAGCUCAGGAGCCUGCGGUACCCCAAGGUUGGCACACCGAAUCCGGUGGUAACAUUGAGAGUGGUGGACCUGCAAGAAACGGCUAUGACCACGACAUCGACGAUAUGGCCUGCUUCUGCCAUAAAGAAUGUGCGGCCACCUUCCCAACUACCUACCGACCAUUAUCUGACAGCAGCAACGUGGAUCUCGAACGCAAAGGUGUGUGCUGUUUGGAUGAAUCGCGCGCAGAACAUUUCCCUGAUCAGCGUGUGCAAGCCACCACUCUGGAAUUGCGAGCAAGUGCACGAGCAGCGGUCGCACGCCUGGCUGGAGCCCGCGCCGGCGCCCCUCUUCUCGGCAGACGGCGAGUCCUUCGUGGCGGUGCUGACGCAGCGCGACGCCGCCGUGCCGGGCUACCCGCACGUCGUCAGGGUCGACAUCGCCGAGCAGAGGACCACACCACUCACGUACGGCGCCUGGCACGUCACCGCCAUUGCCGCCUGGGACCAGUUCCACCAUCUUGUGUACUUCGUAGCAACAGAAGAUGACUCACCAGGUGUACGCCACAUAUAUCGUGUUGGAUCGACUGGUAAUGAGCUCGCAGCAAUGUGGGAAUGUCUCAGCUGUGUCUCAAGGGAUAUGGACAGCUUUGCCUCUGGGAAUGAGACCACAGAUAUGGAACAAGAAUGCUUAUAUGCAUGGCCCCAUUUCAGUCCAGGGAUUUCUCCACAUUAUUAUGUACUGGAAUGCUUGGGACCAGGACCACCAUUUCAUGCUCUAGUGGAAACUACAUCCAAUGCAAGAAUUGCUAUGCUGGAUGACCUCAAGUACCUCAGAGACAGACUGCAGAGAAUAGCAGUACCGCAAGUGAAGACAUUCAAAGUACAGGUUCCUGGUGGGUUCCACGCACAUGUAAAGCUUCAUCUACCACCAGGACUAAGGGAAUAUGAGGACAUGGUGUUCCCACUGAUUUUGCACGUAUGUGGAGCCCCAGGGUCACAGUUGGUUUCAUCCUUGUGGAACAUGGGUUGGCCAGCGUAUCUUGCCAGCCGACGGAACUUCAUUGUGGCUGAAGUGGAUGGUCGUGGCUCUGGCUUUCAGGGAGAUUACAUCAGACACCAAAUACACAGGAAGUUUGGUUCCAUUGAGAUCCGUGACCAGAUUGAUGUUGUGGAGUACCUGACGAACAACCUGAAGUUUGUUGAUAGAGAUCACGUAGCGCUUUGGGGCUGGGGAUAUGGAGGAUUUGCAUCUGCUAUGAUCCUCAGCAAUGAUGACCACAGGCUGUUUCGGUGUGGGAUUUCAAUUGCUCCCAUCACUAGUUGGGCUUACUAUGAUUCUGCGUACACAGAGCGAUAUAUGGGCCUGCCUUCUGUCGAAGACAAUUACGUUGGCUAUGAACAAGCAAAUGUAACAAACAGAGCUGGCAGACUGCAAGACAAAAUGUUUCUACUCAUCCAUGGCACUGCAGAUCACACCGUACAUUAUCAGCAAAGCAUGUUGCUUGUAAGUGCUCUUACAAGAGAAGGAGUUCUUUUCAGGCACCAGACGUACCCAGACGAAGGAAAUGCAUUCUCUGGAGUAAAGCAGCACUUAUAUCGAGUCAUGGAGGCCUUCUUUGAUGACUGUUUUGGCCCUCUGGACUUUGAAGAAUGGGAAAUGGGCUCAAACUUGUUUUCUAGAAAGCCAUGAAGAAGUCCACUGUUCUUUUUUUCAUAUCACCGUCCAGCUGUCAUUGCCAUUCUAUGAGACUGACUUAAUAAUAUGGACUGAAAAAAUUAUUUGGUAAAGAAGAUCCCUUCAGAUUCUUUUACUUGCUGACAGGGUUAGUAUAGAAUAUUGACAAAAUAAUGGAGUAGGAAAAUCCUACAGAUGAACCGACCAAAACGUUUUUGUUGGCAUUUGUUCAUGAACCUGCAGUUAGACAAAAUAACAAAACAAGACAUCACAUUUUUAAGUGGGAAGACAGAUGAUCCUUUAAUAAAGUUGUUUCUCAUCAUCAAGCUCAGUAAAUACAGUAUUGUGCAACAGAUAGCAGUUUUUUGAAUGGAAGACAAGGAGAGUAUAAAUCUUUCAACAAAGACUACUACCAGUGCACACAGGAGAUCAUCAUGGCUGUGUUAUAAUGGUUUUUCUUUUUUUUUCCCAGACUCAUAAUUGUACCAAACAUUAAAGUUUCACUUCUUGCAUAUUUUUGGUUAAUUAAACGAAAAUCAAACAACGUUUCUCAAAGUUCAGGAGUACAAAUUGUUAAUGCUUUAAUAAAACUUACAUAUCUGGGAAACAUGACAAUGUUUUAUCAAUAAUGUUCAUUGCACAUUACCUCUACACUAUAACUUUUAAUUCUGUCAAACCAUUAUGUCAGAUCAUGAAAAAUGCACAUAAUAGAUGAUACUCAUCAAACUGAAGACAUGUCACAGGAAAUCAAAAAGGAGAGAUGAAACUAAUUCCUCCAACAACUAUGACAUUAUGAUGGAACAUUCCAAUGUAGAAGCAGCUACUUUCAGUUGUAAAAUAAAAGGGAAAAUACAUUAAGUUGAAAUCUUCAUAUUACAUCUGAAUAUGAAGUUCAUCCAUAUCAUCUGGGAACACAUAUUUUAAAAUAAAAUGUACAGUGUGCAUAUUUUUGCCUCUGUUGAUUUCAGUGUACAUCAAUUACAUUGUAUCAGAGUUACAAGUCGCAAUAGUACUUCCAGUUGUGCAGCUUUUUGCCUGAAAUAUUUCUAAGUAAGUCUGAGAUGUGAUAAAAACUUAUUAUAUGACACCGCUGGUGAAGAAGCUAUUUUGUUACCUCACUGGUGUAGAAAUUAUACAGUGUGGAUACAAAAUAGGUUCUUUCAUACAAUUAUGUGCAAAGAAGCUGAAUAUUAUUUUUUC